AUGUUCCAUGAACAAGUUAGUGCCAUUAGUCAAUGGUUCACUGAAUGGACCGAAGCUGAACAAAUGGUGCUACUCUAUUCGCUACUUAAGAGACUGUCUACAUUACAAAUCAAGUUCCUGUCCCGUGUUGUAGAUCAACAUUUGACUGAUUGCGCAGAGUUACAAAUGCUAGAACAACAAGCUAACAAUCCAGCUUUUAUCACUAAUUUAUUGUCCAAGGGUAAAGAUAUGACAAUUAAUCAACUACUAAUUUAUCUUCCCUUAUUGAGACCUGAUAAUAUUGAAGCUAAAUCUCGAUAUUUGGCCAUAAUUCCAUCGGUUUUGAGUCAUUCUGUCGAAACAGGAGAUCAUUUACCGGAAGCAAAACAAUUGAUAUCAUACAGUUUAAUACAUCCAGCCAUACUCAACGAAGAUAGAAAACAAUUAACGCCUUGGGUACAAAUUCUCAAAGCUCGAUUCAAUUUAUUAUCAAGUAGUUCGAUUUUACCCUUAUCUGAAUCCCCAAACAGUUGGGGUAAUCAACAACAAAGACUCUCUAAAGAGCCUGCUGCAAAUGCAACACAUUGCAAUCCACCACCACCACCACAGCAACAAGUUAGGGUUAGACGUAGCAACAGUUUAACACCACCCGUUAGCUUGUGUCAAAGUACCGAACUCUGGACUUCUCAGGAUGAUUUGUGUGCUAAGCAAAAGCCACGAAGUUUUUCCCUGUCAUCGGAACACGGUCCUCCUCUAUCCCCGCAAUCAAGUCAAGCAUCCAGUGGAAGCGGAUCCGAAACUCAAUUAGACGAAACAAAAUCAUUUACCUCUGAUAUUCCUGGAAUGAGAGAUGUUGGUACGUGGUUGAAAGCUUUAAGACUGCAUAAAUACAUUUGGCUUUUUGCUCAAUUGAGCUACGACGAAAUGUUAGCCUUAACGGAAGAAAAAUUGGAAGCUGCUGGAGUCACUAAAGGAGCCCGCCAUAAAAUUAUAUUGAGCAUAAGAAAACUUAAAGACAGAUACAACACAUUGUGUCAAAUGGAAGAAGAAGUUAUUCAUGGUACAAAUUUAAUGAACGUUCUGGAAGAAUUAAAAACGAUGUUAGGCUCCCCGAUAAAACCAACACCAGUUACCACCGACAUCAAUGAGACUGAUCAAAACAAGACUGAAAUCGAUGAUAUACCCAGUCAAUUCACCAAAGUUUUAGGGAAGGUUUGUACGUAUUUGAUAAUUAACGGGGGACGCGAAGAAGAUGCUGUUCGUUUGGCAACAUGGCUUUUGGAAAGAUGUUUAGCUCACGAAUCGUUUGUACCCUUUCGACGAAGAUUAGAAACAUGGAGGCUCCAAGUUCACGCACUUUGGCAGCACACACAUCACAGGCAAAAGUGGCAUCACGGUCAAGCUCAUUUUUCGAAUUCGAAUUCAUCAACUUUAACGGAUUCCAGAUCGUUACGUCGUUCUUCCACAUCUUAUCAAAAUAGAGGCCUGUAUCUUUUGCCGCCUACACCUUAUCAGCCAAGUUUUAACAAUCCUCAACUUCCUUCAACAACAUUGAAUCAAUUCGGUCUUUCUCAUCUCGCGAGUCCGACAAACAUAAUGAGUCACAACAACAUGGCGUCACUAUCAUCUCCGUCGCAAACAUCAACAGCUCAUCAAAACGAGAGUCAGUCCGCCACCAUAGGAGUGGAAAGAUGUAGGCAAACGACGAUAAGCGACAAGCAAAGUGAUUCGGAUAUAAAUUCAAAACUCGAAGAUCUCUGCUUGAGCAUGGCUGAACAUUUUCUCGAAGGAGUUUCUUAA